UCGAUCACACCGCCUUGGAGGUCUGAAGGAGCAGUAAUGGCGCAGGAGAUAGAGCACACACAGCUCUCCGUCCGCGGCCUCAGCCUGCACGUUGCUCAAGUAGGAAAGGAUGAGCUUGGGACGGUGGUGUUCCUUCACGGCUUCCCGGAGAUAUGGUACUCGUGGCGCCACCAGAUGCAGGCCGUGGCCGCCGCAGGGUACCGCGCCAUCGCGCCGGACAGCCGCGGGUACGGCCUGUCGGGCCAGCCGCCGGAGCACGAGGAGCCCUCCUGGGAGGACCUCGUCGCCGACGUGCUCGCCAUCCUCGACGCCCUCGACAUCCCCAAGGCGUUCGUUGUGGGCAAGGACUUCGGCGCCAUGCCGGCGUACGACUUCGCGCUGCGGCACCCGGGCCGCACCCGCGCCGUGGCGUGCCUGGGCAUCCCCUUCAGCUCCGUGCCCUUCGACUUCGCCGGCACCAUGCCGGAGGGCUUCUACCCGCUGCGGUGGCGCCAGCCGGGGCGGGCGGAGGCGGACUUCGGGCGGUACGACAUCCGGCGCGUGGUGCGCACCAUCUACGUGCUCUUCUCCGGCAGCGAGGUCCCCGUCGCCGAGCAAGGCCAGGAGACCAUGGACCUCGCCGACGGCUCCGCGCCCCUGCCGGAGUGGUUCACGGAGGAGGACCUCGACGUGUACGCCGCGCUCUACGAGAACUCCGGCUUCGGGUUCCCGAUCCGCAUGCCCUACGGGUCCCUGGACAAGAUGGCGACCCAGCUGGACGCCAGGUUCGAGGUGCCGGUGCUGAUGGUGAUGGGGGAGAACGACUACGUGAUGAAGCUGCCGGGGUUCGAGGCCGCCGUGAGGGGCGGCAUGAUGGCCGGCUUCGCGCCUGACCUCAAGGUCGCCUUCGUCCCGGAGGGCAGCCAUUUCGUGCAGGAGCAGUUCCCGGCGCAGGUUAACGAGCUCCUCCUUGGUUUCUUGAAGGACCAUCCGUGAUCCCGGGCGUGGUGGGGAUGACACUGUUUACAGUAAGUAAUGUAAGGUGCAACUCGCAACAGUCGCUUGCCUUGCACAGCGACCACCACGUGUAUCCUUGAAGCAAAUAUCCAAAUCCAAGUGCCCUUGUAUUGGUGUGCCUUGUAUCAAACUCUGUGAGACGUGACAACUCUU